AUGGAUGAUUACCUUAAUGAAGAUGCCGACAUAAAACACCGAGCGUGGCUUCUCCACUUUCAACAAAAAAGAAAUAAUUACAAAUUUAAUUUAACAAAGAAAAAAAAUAAAAAAUAUAUUAUUAAAUGGAUCAAAGUAAAAGAUGAAGAAAGUAUAUUAUAUAAAUGGACACAAAAAAAAAUAUUAAACGAGAAAUAUAAUUCAGAAGAUGAUAAAGACGAAAAAAUAAACGAAGAUGAUAUGAAAAU